AUGUCGACAGACGAAGCAUCAUGUUCCGAUUGCAAGAUUGAAAUCAUCGACAGGAAGUGGACGCAGCUGCUGCUAAAUUGGAUAAACAGAUGUGUCUCCCCAAAGACCAAAGUCCGUCAGCUGGACACCAAGUGCCUGGUGGAGGUGAUCAACAAGUACAAACAUGAUAUCUGUGAGGAUGAGCUUGACAGGGCUUUACUAUGCACUGACGAUCUUGAGCCGUUCAUCAAGUACAAGUACCCGAUCUUGAGACUGAGAUACCUGUCAGAAGACAAGGACAUACCCAAGAAGCUGUACAUCAUGACGUCAAUCCUGCUGUUCCACUGCUGCGCCAGCUCCCAAACCGGUGCUGUGGACAGCGACAUCUGUUGCCGACUGAGCAAGACUGAACAGGAGUGGAUAUUGCAGUUCUGCGAGAAUUUGAGCGAGAUGGACCCUACUAUUAAUAAUGUGGACUGUGCUAUAAGAGGAGCAUACGAUAUGAUCGUCAAUUCCAAGCAGAUCAUAUCAGCAGCCAACUCUUCAAGAACUGACAAAACCUUGUCCAGAUCAGAGUCCGCCUCAAAAGCUGGCUUAGACUCGAAUCAAGAAAUUCCUAUAAAAUCUCCAACCCCAACAUUGAAGUUUAAGUCUUCUGUGACCGUUAUGCCUUCAGUCACUGAUACUUCAGACACAUCCACAGACUAUUCUGAAUUUAAAGCACCAGCUUUCAAAGAAGAAUUGGCAGAAGAUGUAACCAUAUACAGCGUCAAAGAAAUAUCGCAGAAGGAGGAGGCUGCGGAUACUGAUGAAAUGGUCGAAAACGCGACUCCCCUCCUAUUAACUGUCAACCUGGCUGUGCCUGCAGUCGAUGCAGUGCCUCAGGCCCGUGCUGUGGAGACCCUGGCAGUUCCAUGGAACAGUGCAAGAGUUCCAAAGAAGAGAAGCUGGAUGGACCACCACCAGACGUCGCAAUCAAGGAAAAGAACUCCUCCCUUCCGUUUCAACUGGAAACGGUACCUGGGCAUUGUGUCUGUCGUGAUGCUUUGUAUAAUGCUCGUGGUGCUCAUCUCGUGGCCCUUCAGGUCCAAAAAGAAAGGUGAAAACACAUACGUUAGGAAAUUCGUUGAUGAAGUUGGCAUGCUAAGCCCAAGUACAGCGUGGCAAUGCGAAAAGAAUUACUGUCAAAAAGUCUACCAACCGUCAUCUUCCAACAUCUACUUCCAAUCUUUGAGUAGAUGCAUUCUCCUCUGCAUGGGGCCUCAGUUGUGGCCACAUCCUAUAGGAUACACAUACUUCAGCAAGAAGUUAGUAGCUCUAGCUACAAACAAACUAGAGUACAAAUUCCAAUCUGUACCAUCUGAAACUGUGCACCAAUAUUUGGCGGAAGCAUUCAAACUAUUCAUUGGAGAUCUAGUAAGAUUGGAGAGGAUAGAUGUAAAAAAUAGGAACCACACAGAAGACCUAGUUAUCAAGAAAAUGAACAUCCAAAUUGACGUGGAAACAGAUCCUGAUCCCAGACUUAGACUGAACACCGAAGAGUCUUAUACAGUCAAAAUUGAGACGAUGACGAAUCAAGUCCUGAUAACCAUUGCCUCGCCAUCUUUCUGUGGGGUCAGACAUGGCCUAGAAACAUUGGGCCAAAUGAUUCUUCUAGAUCAAAGCACAGGAUAUCUGAUAACGUUGACAAAUGCCUUAGUAAAAGACGCACCUAGCUACAAAUAUAGAGGUCUGAUGGUUGACACAGCAAGGAACUUCAUACCAUUACCAGAUUUGAUGAGAACAAUAGAUGCUAUGGCGAUGUGCAAACUGAAUACGUUUCAUUGGAGAAUCACUGAUGUGACUAGCUUCCCUUUACACAUACCGGAGUUCCCUCAGUUAUUUGAGUACGGGGCAUAUGACAGAUCCUUGGUGUACACCUCAGAUGAUAUAAAGGCUUUAGUGCACAGAGCUGGUGUUAGAGGCAUAAGGGUGUUGAUAGAAGUAGCUGCACCAGGCCCAGUCGGUAGAGCCUGGUCUUGGCUACCAGAUGCAAGCUGUCCAAAGAAGAACGACAACUUCACUUGUGACAACAUCCUUUGCUUGCGUCUUAAAGUAAAAGACACAGUAUUUGAUAUCCUCCAAGCCAUUUACUCUCGAAUAAUUGAGUUGACUAAAGUUGACGAUGUUUUUCAUCUGAGCAAUGGUAUAUUUUCUUUGUCAAAUUGUUACUAUCUUAUUGAAGAUAGAGAAGGAUUUCUGGAUAAGGCGUUAGAGAGAUUGAAGUUGGCGAAUAAAGGUUUUUUGCCGAAGCUACCAAUAGUCUGGUUCACCACACACUUGAUGAGGGAUCUGGAAUCCAGGACGUGGGAUAAAUUGGGGGUGCAGAUGAACGAAUGGGUGCAAAAUCCAGGAGAUCAGUUCUUGAGCAGAUUUAGGGUUGUGCAUUCAAGCAGAUGGGACUUGUCAUGUGAAAUUAAGAAGCAACGCUGUACGAAAUACAGGACUUGGCAAGAAAUGUACGCUUGGAAGUCUUGGCGUAACAUCGAAGUGUUCACCAUUGAAGGUGGAGAAGCGGUUCUGUGGACUGAUAUAGUUGAUUCUGGUAACCUGGACUACCACAUUUGGCCGCGAGCGGUCGCCGUGGCGGAACGUCUGUGGUCAGACAUCGCUGCCAACGCGAGUGCCAAUGGCUACACUUAUGUCAGACUUGAUGCACAAAGAUGGCGAAUGUUGCUCCGAGGCGUGAAAGUGCAGCCGGUGUGGCCAUUAUACUGCAGUUUCAACCCUAGUGCUUGUAUCCAUAAACUAAAGUAUUAG